AUGGAGCUGCCCUUUCUCCACGCUGUGAACCUGCCUUGGGACGACCGAGACGUGGUGCCACAGCCCCAGCCUCCGUGGAUGGAGAUCUCCGCCGACUCCGGGCCCUGGGUGCUGCCCCUCUACCCCGUAUGGGGAGAGUCCGCAGGCCACCACGGCACUUAUAAUGGGCAACUGCUUUCCAGUCCUUGUUGGCAGCUGCCCUCGGUCUACGAGCGGUACAGAGUCUUAAGCGGAACCCAGAGCCCCCGGGAGCCAAGCGCAGCGCAGCCCAGUCCCGGCUUCGAGGCGGGGACUUGGAGGACGCCCCCAGAACCUGCCGGAGCUCCCGAGCCCACAAAGGACACCGCGUCCCAGCACCUUCAGGUGGCCCUGCCGCCGGAUGGCGAAGACACACCCUGA